AUGCCCCGCAAGCAGACUCAGUUGCGCGGUCCCCGAGAUCAGUCAUCUAAAAAGCAACCUCAAAAGAAAAAAACUAGCAAAGCUUUGAAUGCUCUUGCUAUCGCAGAGGCUCAAUUUCCCAUCAAACCAAAGAUUCGACGAAACCGUUUAGGCGAUGAUGAUGAUUUAUCCAAGCGGAAGCGGCAUUCCGGCCGCGACAUGGACGAUUCAGACGGGCCCGAUAACAAGCGUCGUCGGACAGGUGACGAGUCAUCCGAUCUGAGUGAAAACGGCGGCAGUGACGGGGAAGGCCAUAAGUGGAGACUUGGGGAGGUCGAUAGUGACGAUGAUAGCGAACUGGACAGUGAUGAGGCCAUGGGCUCCAGUGAUGAGGAAAGAUUUGAAGGCUUCAGUUUCCGGGGAAGUUCUUCAAAUAAACCGAAGCGAAAGGGCCCCGAACCAAAGAAACGUGGUCGCCAGAUUAACUUGUCCGAAGAUGUGGAGGAAUCUGAAGAUGGCGAGAUGGACGAAGAUGAAGAUGAUCUUGGUGAAGAUGCAGUGGAUUUGAUUACAGCUUGGGACAUGAAUGCAGCAGAAGAGGAAGAAGCAGAAAAGACAAAGUCCUCGAAGGCGAAGAGAGCAGCUGAGGAAUUUGAUGAUAAUGGUCACUCAGAGGAAAACGACUCCGAAAGCGACAACGAUGAUAGCAGUUUCGGUGAUGAGAGCGAGUUGGAGCUCUCUGACAACGAAGAUACUGGUAAUGAGCACGGUCUUUCGAAACUGCAAGAUUUUGUCAACUCUAUGGAGACAGAGUCUGCUAAGAAGUCGACGCGCAAAACAAAUGGCGGGCAGGAACAUGGCAAUCCAACGGAAUUCGGAUUGUCCUCUACACGGAAAUUGACUGUGGCCGACCUUUUACCCUCCAUUACAGACUCUCGCUUGAAGAGCUCCCUGAAACAUGUUGAUUCCACUAUUUCUACGCACAAACCGUCCGGCGUUCCUGGAAAGCUAGAUGCUCCUCUUGCAAAGCGCCAACAAGACCGGCUGGACCGAGCUGCCGCGUAUGAGAAGAGCAAGGAAACCUUGGAUCGCUGGCUAGAGACUGUCAAGGCCAAUCGCAGGGCGGAACACCUUAUGUUUCCCCUUCCCGAUCCUGAAGGCAAUCAGACGCACCGCUUAGGUGCCGCAGAGCCCCGAACGGAUCUUGAAAGCACUAUCCAAAAUAUCCUUGUCGAGAGUGGCUUAGCAGAAGCCAACGGCAAAUCAGCUGAAGACCAGGUACAAGAGUUCGAGGAACUACAAGCGCGAAAACUGCCUAUUGAGGAGAUUCGGGCGCGUAGAGCAGAGUUGCGAAAACGACGUGACCUGCUUUUCCGAGAAGAAGUGCGAGCCAAACGAAUCAAGAAAAUCAAGAGCAAGUCAUACCGUCGCGUGCAUCGGAAAGAGCGAGAGAAGUUAGAGCAACAGGAAAGGCAGGCCCUUCUCGAAGCCGGUGUGGACAUUGAUGAACAAGAACGAGAGCAAAAUGAGCGGCGCAGGGCAGAAGCGAGAAUGGGCUCGAAACAUAAGGACAGCAAAUGGGCUAAGAGCCUCAAGCAGACGGGUCGGACUGCAUGGGAUGAGGAAGCCCGACUUGGCACAGCUGACUUGGCCUUGAAGGAGGAAGAGUUACGACGGCGAAUCGAAGGAAAGCGUAUAUCGCAUGGAGACGAAGACUAUCUGGGUUCAUCGAGUUCAGAAUCUGAGGAUGAUGAUGAUCCUUGGAAUGAAGAAAAUAGCUCUGAUGCGGAGAAGCGUAAACUUCGCGAGAAGCUCGAGAAGCUCGAUCAUGGCAGUGAUGUCGAAUCAGAAAUGAAGGGUCCUCACGCCAAGCUGCUUUCGAUGAAAUUCAUGCAGAACGCGGAGGCUGCACGCAAAGCGCAGAACGACGCUGAAAUCCGACGUCUCAAUCGUGAACUCCAUGGAGAAGAAUCCCAGUCAGAAGCCGAGUCCGAGGUUGGCCGACGUAAAUUUGGUCAUUCUAAGGAUUCGAAGUCGGCCACGGAGAGCAAAUCAAAACCACAGACUCGUAAUGAGUUCGAAGAAGCCCCAGGAUCAGAUGAUGAAGAUGUUCGAGCUCCCGAGGUAGAACAGGAUGUUGACAUUAUAGUCAAUCAGCCCGACAAGAGAAAACCGACAGGAUCAGAUAAGAAGUCUCGCACACGUGGUGGUAUAUCUGGGUCCUUCGGCCAGAAGGAAGAAGCUGCUGAAGAUGAAAAUCCAUGGUUGGUACAGACGAGUAGGAACAACCGUCGAACAACAGCGGAUGAUUCACAGCAGGGGCUUGACAUCACUGUGGAUGGAGGGAAACCUGAUAACACAAAGUCCAAGUCCAUACCCAAGAAUCAGAAGGAGAAGCCGGUCAUCCCUCUCAAAAAGCAACAUAUGGACGAGGGCGACGAUAGUGAUGACGACAAGGUGCCCGUGCUUCUCAAGAACCAUGAUCUCGUUAAGAGAGCAUUUGCUGGGGAUGAGGUUGUGCAAGACUUCGAACAAGAGAAACAUGACACUAUCAAGGAGGAAGAUGACCAAGUGAUUGAUAAUACCUUGCCAGGUUGGGGCAAUUGGGCAGGUGAUGGCAUCAGUAAGAAGCAGCAGAAGCGACAGAAACGAUUCCUCACCACUGUUGAAGGUGUAAAGCCUGAGAACAGAAAAGACGCCAAACUCUCCCGCGUCAUAAUCAACGAGAAACGGGUUAAGAAGAACACCAAAUACCUGGCCACUCAGCUCCCUCACCCCUUCGAAUCCAGAGAACAGUAUGAGAGGUCUCUCCGUCUCCCGAUUGGCCCCGAGUGGUCGACGAAGGAAACUUUGCAGAAUGCAACCAAGCCUCGUGUGAUGAUCAAACAGGGCGUCAUCAAGCCGAUGGAGAAGCCUAUGGUUUAA